AUGGCCGGCGAAAUCACUCGUAUUAUUUCCCCUCUAAGAGCUAGUUCCUCUCAGCCUCACUCAGACCCUGCACCGGACUCUGCAGAGGAUACCUUAUGCCUUGACAAUGAGUUGGAAGACGAACUUGAAGCCAACUCCAACCUUGUCUUAGUUGGGAAGAUUUUAGAAGGGAAACCAUAUCGGAGACAAGCCGUACAUGAAGCUCUGGUUGCAACUUGGCACCUCAUUCAGGGUGUACAUAUCACUCCGACGGCGAACAACUGCUUCAUCUUCCAGUUUUCCCAUCCCAUGGAUGUUAUUAAUGUCCUGGAGGGUGAACCUUGGGCAGUCUCAGGCAACCUACUGAUACUGGAACACUGGAAUGAGGAAGGUAACUUCCCAUUUAACUCCACUGAUUUCUGGGUCCACUCUCUCAAAAUCCCCCCUGAGUUACUAUUUCUGGAUUUGGGUCUGCAACUAGCGAGGAAGGUUGGUGUGCCGAGCUCGGUGAUGCUAAUUCAGGAUACUUAUACCAACCUUCGCCGCUCCUUCUUUCGAUGUCGGAUUACUGUCAAUGUCCAACAACCCUUGAAGGCAGAGGUCAUUGUAAAGAGACAUAAUGGCACACAAGUCCGUGUCCCAAUGGGGUACGAACGUUUACCCCUCUUCUGCUAUUUCUGUGGGUGCUUUGGUCAUGAAGAACGACGUUGUGUGGCUUAUUUUGAGGCCCAACAGAACCACCACUAUGCGCAUGGAUCUAACCGUACUGAGAAUUGGGCUCUUAUUGGUGAUUUUAAUUCAUUUCUCUCAUGGCAUGAGAAAUUGGGGGGAUACCUUCAUAGGCACCAUGAUGUGCAACAGUUUCGUCAGGUACUUCAAGGGUGUAAUCUUAUGGAUAUUGCUGCUCAUGGCCCCUCUUACACUUGGACUAAUAGAAGACGUGGUGGAGCCAACAUUAAAAUUAAAUUGGAUAGGGUGCUCUGUAACCAGGCCUGGCGAAGGACGUUUGAGGAUGCCACUGCUUAUGUUCGCCCCUCCAUUGGUUCUGAUCACUUCCCGGUUUAUGUUGACACUCAAGGGGGGAAAAUUCAUGGUGCCAAGCCCUUUCGAUUCGAGGCCAUGUGGUUCUCUCAUCCAGAUUGCAAAGCCGUAGCACAAGAAGCUUGGUCUCUUCAUCCUCCGGGCAAUGCAGGGAACCGUAUACAUCUAAAGUCUGCUAAUGUUCAACAAAAAUUCACCAAAUGGAAUAGGGAAAAUUUUGGUAAUGUUCAAAGAAAGAUUGAAGGUCUUCUCCAUGAGCUCGCUGCCCUUCAAGAUUGCCCCUCUACUGAUCUUCACCACAGUCGCGAGCAGGAACUUCGAUCCCUUCUUGAAGUUGAAUUGGACAGAGAAGAAAUGUUGUGGCAUAAAAAAUCUAGGAAUCUUUGGCUGAUGUGCGGAGAUAGAAACACCAAGUUUUUUCAUGCCUCUACUCUCCAGCGCCGCCACCGCAACAAAUUUUUAAAACUAAAGCUCCCUAAUGGCGAUUGGUCUCAGGCUGAACCUGAAAUUUUCAGGGAAUUUCUCAGUCACUAUCAACUCAACUUCAGCUCUGAGGGCUUAGAUGAGGAAGCCCUGCAUCUGGUGAAUCUCUCUAUUCGGCCUGUCAUCGAUAGCCAAACCAAUGAGCACCUCUGCAAGAUCCCUGAUCUGAAGGAAGUCCACCAAGCCUUACUGGCCAUGGCUCCACUGAAGUCUCCCGGCCCUGAUGGUCUUCCCCCCAGUUUUUUUCAGCGAUAUUGGGAUUUGAAUAAUCAGCCUGAAGGGGUGGACCAAUAUCGGCCAAUAAAUUUAUGUAAUGUGGUGGUUAAGAUCAUCACCAAGAUUUUGGCUACUCGGCUGAAGCAUACUUUGGAUAAAAUCAUCGCCCCAAACCAGUCAGCAUUUAUCCCUGAUCGCCUAAUAUCUGAUAAUAUUUUGCUUGCACAUGAGGCAUUUCAUUAUAUUAACCACAAGAAGAAGGGGCAGAAAAGAUUUGUGGCUCUUAAGUUAGACAUGAAGAAGGCGUAUGAUUGCCUUGAAUGGGGAUUCAUUGAAAGGGUUCUUCUUCGAAUGGGGUUUGAUCAGAAGUUUGUUGCUCUUGUCAUGGCCUGUAUCUCUUUGGUUUCUUAUGGCUUGAUCAUUAAUGGGGCUGUUAGAGGUUCAGUUUCUCCUACUAGGGGGAUAAGACAAGGGGAUCCUCUAUCCCCUACCCUUUUUGUUCUAUGCUCUCAAGCUCUCAGUUCCCUUCUACUUCAAGCUCAAGAGGCAGGGUUGAUCAAAGGUAUGAAAAUCAGAAAUAGAGCUAUGCCCCUCUCACAUCUGUUGUUUGCAGAUGACAGCCUUCUCUUUACUGAGGUUAACAUCGAUGAAGUUCUCAAUCUGAAAGGGUGUAUGGACAUCUACUGUAGAGCAAGUGGUCAACAAAUAAACUUGAAGAAAUCUCUUCUCACCUUCAGCCCCAACACUGUGCCCAAGUUUCGAAGAUGGUUCUCCAGAUUACUUAAAAUCCCUUAUGGAAGCGGCCCAAAGAAGUAUCUAGGUCUGCCAACUGAGUUUGGGACAGCUAAGAAGGGCCUUUUUAGGGAGAUUCAGGAAAAGACCUAUAAGAGAUUGCAGGGCUGGAAAGGGCUCUUGUCUCAUGCUGGAAAGGAGGUCUUGAUCAAGUCAGUAGCCCUUUCCCUGAACACCUAUGCUAGCUCGCAUUUCAAACUCCCAGAGGCACACCACCGCGGCAUUAGGCAAGCUGUUACUCAAUUUUAUUGGGGAGGAAUGGACGAUACUCAUAAGAUCAGUUGGAUAUCUUGGAAUCGAUUGUGCAAAUCGAAAGAGAAUGGAGCCCGUCUUGGAUCCUCCCCUUCUUGGGCUUGGCGUAGUGUGAUUGAGGGGCGUAAGGUACUGUUGGAUGGUCUGGUUUGGAUUAUUGGGGAUGGGAAGAACACCAGGAUUUGGGAGGAUGCCUGGCUCCCCUCCUCUCCCUCCCUUCGGCUUCAGUUCCCAGAUUAUGGUGAGCAGCGGCUGGUUUAUGUCUCAGAGUUAAUUGAUGAAGUUAACAGAUGUUGGAACUUAGAGUUGAUUAAUUCAUUGUUCCAUCCAAUUGAUAGAAAAGCGAUUCUCCAUGUUCAACUCAGUCUAUUUCCUUCCCAGGAUUACCGGGUGUGGAGUGGAUCUCAAAAUGGUGUUUACUCAGCAAAAUCUGGAUACCACUUUCUCUGCAAUCAACAAGAGCUUCAACGGAUUAGGAGUUUUUUAUGGAGGGCCUGUGCUAAUGGAGUUGCAACGGGAGCAGCAUUGGUCAAGCGACAGUGCAAUGUAAACCCAGAGUGUGCGAGAUGUGGAGCAGAGGAGGAAACCAUCGAUCACAUUAUCCUUGAUUGCCCGUUCUCUAGGGCGACUUGGUUUGGUUCCCAACUUUCUUACAUUCCUCCAAUUCAUAAUCCUUCCCUCACCCAAGUUAUCAACGAUUGGAGCUCCAUCUUCCCUGUCACCUCUCAACCUAGCAAAGAAGUUAUAGGGCUUUCUUCCUUCAUCUGCUGGAACCUGUGGAAGGCCCGCAAUAAUUUGGUCUUUAACGGACAGUUGGGAUCCCCCAAGGAGGUUCUUUUUUCUGCCGAGAAGGAAUUCCGGGAGUUCUCCAGUCAACAUCCUCAGAAGCCCAAUACAGAGUCUCAGCAGCCAAAGGUUAAUAGGGACAACCUCUCUUGGACUCCUCCUGAACAUAUGUACAAACUAAACACUGAUGCUUCGUUGAGUGAUGGGACUAGUGGUAUUGGUUUUGUGUUUAGAAACAGUAUAGGGGAGCCUCUUGUAGCUUGCUCUGAGCCGAUUAAGUUUAACUCCAUUCUUCAAGGAGAGACUUUGGCGGUGCGGGCUGGUCUGUGA